AUGGAUACACAGCAAGUCCUCCACAUGAACGACGGCAAUGGAGAAACUAGCUACGCAAAUAACUCCAAGUUUCAGAAAAAGGUGAUGGUCAUAGCAAAACCCAUUCUAGAAGAGAGUAUUAAGAGGCUAUAUAGUGUUACUCCUCAUCCUUGCUGUUUGAAGGUGGCUGAUUUAGGAUGUUCUUCAGGACCAAAUACCCUUCAAGUGAUAUAUGAUAUCAUAAAUAUUGUUGAUAUCACUACUUGUAACUUGAAUCCUAAGCUACCGGUUUUUCAGUUCUUCUUGAAUGAUUUGUUUGGAAACGACUUCAAUACCCUUUUUCAAUCACUUUCUCAAUUCUUGAAAAUUAUAGAAGAGAAGAAGACACAAAAAUUUGGUCCAUGUUUUGUUUAUGCUGCUCCUGGAACAUUUUAUAGCAGGCUAUUUCCCAACAAUUUCUUACACUUGGUUCAUUCCUCUUACACUCUUCAUUGGCUUUCUCAGGCACCAAAGGAGUUGGGUAAUAAGGAAAAUAUACAUCUAACAAGCACAAGUCCUCCAGAAAUGCACAAAGCAUAUCGUGAACAAUUCCAAAAAGACUUUAAACUAUUUCUUAAAUUACGUUCACAAGAACUGGUACCUGGAGGUGCCAUGUUUCUUACUUUACUUGGAAGGGACAAAACUCCUGUUAUGAGAAAAGCCUGGGAGCUAAUUAGCACAACACUAAAUGACAUGGUAUUGGAGAAUUUGACUGAAGCCAUAAAAUUGGAGUCUUUUAAUUUACCACUGUAUGACUCUACAAUAGAGGAAGCUAAAGAAGUAAUUGAAGAAGAAGGAUCUUUCACUCUUCUAAGGUUGGAAUCUGUCACACUGGAUUGGGAUGCACACAUAAAUGAAGAUAUUAAUGAUGACAAUAAUGAACUUGAUCUAAAUGUGAGGGCAGAGUUUAUAGCUAAAUACCAUAGAGCUGUUUUAGAGCCUCUUUUGAAAGCACAAUUUGGAGAAGAACUCAUGGACCAAUUAUUUCUUAGAUUUAAGAAUAAGGUUGUCCAAUGGUUGAUGGAGGUACAAGUAUUAGAACUUUCUACUCUCAUAAUAUCACUCAUAAAGAAUAAGCCAUGCAUGGACUAA